AUGUUACCUGGAAGCGGCGACGGGAAGGAUGCAAGCGGAUUUACAGGUACAACGCCUGCCGCCUUGAUACAGUCGGCGGUUGCAUUUCUGAACGACCCUCAGGUCAAGAACGCUCCCCUGAACAAGAAGAUUGAGUUUCUACAAACGAAGGGUCUGGACGAGGCACAUAUCGAGACUGCCCUUGCUGAGGCACGCAAGGGGACUCCACAGUUGCCAACAGAUUCGGAUAAAUACGUGUAUGAGACUCUGCCUCCCCCGCCGUUGCCACAACGGGACUGGAAGGAUUAUUUUGUUAUGGCUACUGUCACAGCAGGGUUGUUUUACGGUGUUUAUGAGAUGACGAGGCGGUACGUGAUCCCCAGUAUCUUGCCCGAAUCGAAAUCCAAAUUGGAGCAGGAUAAAGACGAGAUCAAAGAACAGUUCGACAAAGUGCAGAAACUGCUGGAUGGUAUCGAGCAAGAACAAAGCGAAUUCAAGGAACAAGAGAGGAGGAAACUGGAUGAACUGGAUGAUACUAUCGGUCUUUUGCAAACGUCACUGGAGGAUAGUACACGGGCCCGUGAAAAGAUGGAUGACGACUUCAGGUUGCUGAAGUCGGAGAUGACCGGCUUGCAAUCUGAGAUUGACAAGUUUGUGUCGAAUAAUGGCAGCGUGAAGGAGUUGAAGAAGAUUAACGAGGAGCUAUUAUCACUCAAGAACCUGAUAAAGAGCUCGUCCACAAUCCCCAAGAUGGACUCACCGCGCCCGAGCCCAACUCAAGAGGACUCCAAUCCGUCUGCAAAACAGGUAACAUCAAUGGAUGAUCUGUUACGUCAGGGAAGUAAGACUCCUCUCGGGAAUGGCGGUGGUGUGCCUGGCGUCGAUGCGAUCCCAUCUGCUUCCGAGCUUUUGUCGAAGAUGAGUUUUGGGGACAAGGGCGAAACUGCAGACGCACAUACAAGCGUUCCAGCAUGGAAGCAGGCCAGAGAACAGAAUCCACAGAUCACGGAUCACUCUCUCCCAGCUUGGCAAAGAGACAAUGCUCAAAAUGAGGGCAACAAGACCGAGGUUCCAUUUUGGCAAAGAGCGCUAGAGGAUACCCAGGAGCAGCAGAGCAACGAAUUGGACGGUAUGGCGUCCUGA